CAGCUGCAGCUGCUUCAUUCAGAUGCUGAGUGGAGCAGCGAAUGACCGGAGGAGGAGGAGAGGCAGCAGCAUCAGCAGCAGCACCAGCAGCAGGACACACAGCUCUAUUCUAAUCGUAUUUUCCAAACCCACUCUGAUGCAUACUGAGGAAUCUUUCCCACUCCACCAGACUUAACGCAUUUAGCGGGGAGGAGAGCGCCGUCCUGGAUGCAGAGAGAGUGGAUUGCUGCAGUCAGAGCGUCCUGAAAGCUCGGAGACCCUCAGCAUCAUCAGCAGCAGCAGCAGCAGCAGCAGCAUCAGCAGCAGCAGCAGCAUCACAUUACAUGAUAUAACGUCACCACGAUCCUGUUUUUCCCCCAUUUACACAGAGCAGCUCUCCUGUUCUCAUUCACCAGGUAACCUCAUGCGCGGGCCGGUGUCACCGCGCUGAGCCCGGAGAGAGCGAGAGAGCGAGCACCAAGGACGCGGACAGAGAGACACGAGUGGCCGGGGAAGGUGGACCGGAUGACAGCCAGAACCUCCGAGGCCUCGCGGCUGCCGGUGCCGCUGCACCGCUGUCACGGGGCUCUCCAGGCCAACAACAACGGCACCUGCGUGGAGCAGCUCAGCCUCUUCCCGCCGCUCUCCUCCACGCUCGCGCUCCUCGUGCUGGUGGUCGUGCUCGUGGGGAUCGUCCUCGUCUCCCUGGCAACGUUCCACAUUCACAAGUGGAAGCUUCGGAACAGGAAGAUCCAGCGCGCGCAGGAGGAAUACGAGCGCGACAGUCGCAGCCCCGCGCGCGCCGGCGGGAGCGGGGAGCCCGCGAGGCCGUGCGUCAUCGUGCGGCCGCCGGUUCGAUGCGAGGAGGAGCUCUCGUGCCAGAGCGCGGAGGGCACGGACGUCAGCGGAGCCGCGGAGGACAAACAGGUGCCGCACGACACGGUUUCUCUGGACUGUUAACUCUCAGUUUAACUUCAGGGAAACAGACUGUGGAACUCACUGGAAAAGCAAUAAGGCACAAAGAACUCCCACAGCCGACUCUGCUGCUGCUGCUGCUGCUGCGUGGAGAUGGAAAACAAACACAGUAAACACGCAGAAUACUGAGCAGAAUCUACACAAGUGACACUGGAGUCACAACAGUGACAGAGACAAAUGACAGGAAAACCAGAGAUAAUGAGAAACCGUGGCACAGCAGCCAUUUUGAUAUGUUGUAGCAGGGAGAGCACGUGCAUUAUUGAUGAUGUUAAGGAUUUCUUGCUCACGUCAUGUCAGUCAAGACAGGUGAAGCUCUAAGCUCUCUCUGAAACACACUGUGACAUGUUAAAAUGGCUGCUCAGGGCCUAAUAUCAUCCAGUCACCCAGCAGGAGCACGGACUGAGUGCUGGUUCAGUAAAAAUGGCGACUUUAAGUGACACCUGUAUUCACACCUAUGGGGCAAAUGAAGUUGUGCUCAUGCAUUUGUUAAAUAUCUGUGGAAAAUAGAAGAGAAAGUGAGUGCAGGACAAGAAUAAGUGUCACAGUGAGGUUACAGUGCGUAAACACUUCAUCACAAAGAUGGAUGCACAUUCAGUUCUAACCUCAGAGGUCAGUGAGACAAAAAACAUAUUAGUCUAAAGUAAUGUGGUGCUAUAUAUGAGUCAUCGUCGUCCAUGUUGGUUUGUUUGCUGCGUGGAGCGUUUAGGUUCCACUCGUCCUCCUCUCAGAGGAAAGUGUCGUGACAAAUCAAUACAGAGUCGUCCUGAGUGAUCACCUGUCGUCUCAUGAUGACAGGGACACACGUCUCUGUUGAUGGAAUGAUGUGAAUACUGCCGAUUCUGCUGUCGCCAUAUUUAAAAACCACCACUGAAUAUCUACUGAAGAACCAACGACGAGCAAUGAUGUCCAGAGACUCGUAGAAUCAAUGCCAAGGCAGGCUGGAGUUGCUCUGGUGGUGACGUCAUGUGACGUCACGUGACGUCAUGGUUGGUUUUCCUUUCAUUUGCGUCUGCUCUGCUGGGUCAGUGACGCGGCCACAACUCUGCUUCCUCUUACAUGAGUAUUUAGCUCACUGAUAACUCUUUAUGGGACUGUGUAAAGUAAUAGCCUGCUUUGACUUUUGGACCUCCCCCUCCUCCUCCUCCUCCUCCUCCCCCUCCCCCCCUUGUUUAAACCACAGAGAUGUUUAAACUUGAAUUCCUUCCCCGGGAUGUGACACACACACACACACACACACUCACACUCACACUGUCGUCGUGUUGAAUAAUUAAGAGACGAUGGUUCAGAGUGUGACGGCUCGCUGAUCUGCCUUGGCAUGUCCUCUGACACACUACCAAUAUGUAGUUAGACUAUAGUGGAUGUUGUGGUGCUGUUAGGCAGUGGAAAAACUGCACAUAGGCUACAGAAAAUAGCUUAUUUGUUUGGCGUAGUAUUUUUCCUUCAAUUGAGUGACUUAGCAUAUUUGCAUAAAGUACUGUCCUCCAGUGUCUGUUAGACAUAUUAUAGGUAGCUCUAUAGUUAGCCUGACAGGAUGCAAGACUUUUUUGCUGUAGUUAUUAUGCACAUGAGAUACUUUUUCCUUUUUAAUGUGUCAGAUUGUACAUUCUUGCGCUAUGAGAGUAUUUUCUGUUCCAAGUAUUUUAAACCGUAUUCUCUGACAUGUGAUGAACUGAGAAUUCUUCCAAUAUUUAAGCUUUCGUUUGAAGCUUUUCUUUCUUCCUUUUAUGAUUAUGAUACUUCAUGUUGCAUCAUAGUGGGCCUAAAAUAAGAAAAACUGUUGUGUCAUUAAUGUAAAUGUAUGCCAUGAUGAGAGCUGGAAUGUUUUACAGUAACACCGUCAUCUUUCUGGACUUCAUAUAAUCUGCCUUAUCAAAGGAAAUAUGUAAUAUUCAAAGUUUAUAAAUAAAUACAUACAUACAUUA